CCUUCUUGUUCUUUCCCGUUACUCUCUCUCUCUCUCUCUCUCUCUCUCUCUCUCACUCUGUUCCAAGAACACUUCCGUCGGUCGGUAAGGGGGAAGGCGCGGGGUCAGUCGGCAGCGGCGAGGAAGGCUAGAGGUCGGUCGGCGGAGGGGAAAGCAAGGGGUCAGUUGGCAGCAGCGAGGAAGGUUAGCGGUUGUUGGCGACGAGGAAGGAGGAAGACGAGAGGUCGCCUGUGUCACGCCCCAAAUUCGGAGGCCGUGACCGACAUUAUCCCUUAAGAAGCCAUAGCUAAUUCUGAGGAUACUUUUUAGUAUUAAAAGAUACAUUCCAGCCCAAGCUAAUUCUGGGCUUUCUGCCCAGAGAAUUUGUUUUGUCAAGUCAGGACAGGUGAGGGAAUUAAUUGGGUUGGGUGAUGGUGUGGAAGGCCUAGAUGGGAGUGUGCAAUAUGGCUUCAGUAUCCCUGAAGAAAAACUACCGCUGUUUUAAGUCUUUACAACAAUUCUAUAGUGGUGGACCCUUUGCUGUCUCAUCCGAUGGAUCUUUCCUUGUCUGUGCCUGCAAUGACACAAUCAAGAUUGUUGAUUCAUCUAACUAUUCAAUUAAAGCAACCAUUGAAGGGGACUCAGAGCCCGUUACUGCUCUUUCUCUGAGUCCUGGCGACAAUUUCAUAUUCUCUUCCAGCCACUCUCGCCAAAUAAGGGUUUGGGAUGUUUUCUCCCUCAAAUGCUUGCGCUCCUGGAAGGGACAUGAAGGCCCCGUGAUGGCCAUGGCUUGCCAUCCAUCUGGUGGAUUGUUGGCGACAGCGGGGUCUGAUAGUAAAGUACUUGUAUGGGAUGUUGAUGGUGGAUUCUGCACACACUUCUUCAAAGGUCACAAAGGAGUUGUGAAUAGUAUAAUAUUUCAUCCUGACCCUACUCGACUGAUGCUUUUCUCUGGAGGUGAUGAUGGAACUGUUCGAGUCUGGGAUCUUACAACUAAGAAAUGCACUGCAACAUUAGACAAGCAUUUCUCAGCAGUGACUUCCAUUACAGUGUCCGAAGAUGGAUGGACCUUGCUUACUGCUGGAAGAGACAAGGUUGUAAACUUGUGGGACCUUCAUGACUAUGGCUGCAAGAUCACUGUACCAACAUAUGAAGUGCUUGAAGCAGUGUGUAUAGUCCGAUCGGCAUCCCCAUUUGCUUCAUGUCUGGAUUUGUACAAACAGCAGCUUGGGCGGAAAAGAGGUUCGCAAUCAAUUUAUUUCAUAACAGCUGGUGAUCGUGGGGUUGUGCGAAUAUGGAACUCAGAAGGAGCAGUUUGUCUUUUUGAGCAGCAGACUGCCGAUUUUACCAUCAACUCUGAUGAGGAGGACUCCAAGAGAGGCUUCACUGCUGCUGUAAUGUUGCCCUUAGAUCAAGGAUUGCUCUGUGUCACGGCCGACCAGCAGUUUCUUUUCUAUUCCCUGACGGAAUGUCCUGAAGGUUGUUUGAAAUUAACUGUGAGAAAAAGGCUAGUGGGUUACAAUGAAGAGAUUGUGGAUAUGAAGUUUCUGGGUGAGGAUGAGCAAUUUCUCGCUGUUGCUACAAGUGUUGAACAGGUUCGAGUUUAUGACCUUGAUUCAAUGUCGUGUUCUUAUGUGUUGGGAGGUCACACAGACAUAGUUUUAUGCCUCGAUACCUGUGUAUCAAAUUCUGGAACAACACUUAUUGUAACUGGAAGCAAGGACAACAAUGUUAGGUUAUGGGAAGCUGAGAGCACCCGUUGCCUCGGAGUUGGCAUAGGUCAUAUGGGUGCUGUUGGAGCUGUUGCUUUUUCAAAGAAGCGACGAAACUUUUUUGUUAGUGGCAGUAGUGAUUGUACCCUGAAGGUCUGGAGUUUGGAUGCUCUCUCUGAUGACAUGGAACAAUCUAUGAAAGCAAAGGCAGUUGUAGCAGCACAUGAUAAGGAUAUAAAUUCUCUGGCCAUUGCACCAAAUGAUAGUCUUGUCUGCAGCGGUUCUCAGGACCGAACUGCCAGUGUAUGGAGGCUUCCUGACCUUGUAUCUGUGGUGGUGCUACGGGGUCACAAGAGAGGGAUUUGGUCUGUAGAGUUUUCUCCAGUUGAUCAAUGUGUUAUAACAGCUUCUGGAGAUAAAACAAUAAAGAUAUGGGCUAUAUCUGAUGGUUCCUGUUUAAAAACAUUUGAAGGGCAUACCUCAAGUGUAUUUAGAGCAUCAUUCCUUACCCGAGGGACCCAAUUUGUUUCGUGUGGUGCUGAUGGUUUGAUGAAACUAUGGACCGUUAAGACUAAUGAAUGUAUUGCAACUUAUGAUCAACAUUCGGACAAGGUUUGGGCCUUGGCCGUUGGCAAGAAGACAGAAAUUCUUGCAACUGGUGGCAGUGAUGCAGUUAUCAAUUUGUGGCAUGAUUCUACUGCUUCUGACAAAGAGGAAGCUUUUCAUAAGGAAGAGGAGGGAGUUUUGAGAGGUCAAGAACUAGAAAAUGCUGUUUCAGAUGCUGACUACACUAAAGCAAUUCAGAUUGCCUUGGAGCUUCGCAGACCUCAUAAACUUUUUGAGUUAUUUGCCGAACUGUGCAGGAAGAGGGAUGCUGAAAUUCAGAUAGAUAAAGCGCUUCAUGGUCUUGGCAAAGAAGAAUUUCGUCUGGUUUUUGAAUAUAUCCGAGAAUGGAAUACAAAGCCAAAGCUUUGCCACGUUGCUCAGUGUGUGCUUUUCCGAGUUUUUAAUAUCCUGCCGCCAACUGAGAUUCUUGAGGUUCGAGGGAUUGGCGAACUGCUUGAAGGUCUCAUCCCGUAUUCCCAGAGGCAUUUCAGCAGGUUAGAGAGGCUGGAGAGAAGCACAUUCUUGCUGGACUACACUUUGAUGGGGAUGUCGGUUAUUGAACCCGAAAUGGAUGAAAAAGCAGCGGCAGCGACAAAAGCAGCUGCUUCAGUGCAGUUGAAGACUGAGGAUGCAGAAACAGCAACAGGCGAUGAGGAGGAGCACAAGCAAAAUGGCGAUGAGCUAAGAGAGAGGGUGGCCUCUUCUUCAAAGAAGAGGAAAUCAAGCAAGUCCAAAGGGAAAGGGGUUGUUGCAUAUAAGAAAGUGAAGGGGGCUUCUUUUGGGGAAGCUCCGGCCAUUUCAUCCCAGGCAUGAUGAUCAUACUAUUGUACUAGGGAGCUUGUAUUUUUAGUUUUAAUCAUUUUCAUAGAUCAAUUUUGUCAAUUUUGUUUUAUUUUUUUUUUCACGUUCGAGUAAUGCUUCGUGAAUUGUAGAUUUUGCCAUUCUCUUCUAGCAGGCUCCCUGUAGAAAACAUGCUGUC